UUCUUCACGUUAAUGUUAUGAUGUGCAGUAGUCUAUAUUUUAAAUCACUUUUAUUGAUUAUUUCGGUAACUUUAACAUAGAGCAGAAAAUGAAAGUAUAAGGUGUGUCAUUUAAAUGAUGAAUUGUCCACCACACCUUUUUUAUAAUUGAAAUACUAAUCUUUUUCAUUUUUUCAUCAGUUAUAUUCUAGCUGACGCAGAAGAUAGACAUUGAUAUUAGUUAAGAGAAAAAAACAGCAUUCAUUAUGGAACUACCUGUAACUAAAGUUUCUCCGCCACUAGUUUCAAUUAUAUCUUGUUCUCCAAAACGAAGAUUAUUAGAUAAUUCAACGGAAAAUGAAAAUAAAUGGUUAGAACAAGAAAUUUAUUCCGGUCUCAAAGUUUGGCAAUUAGUUGGUAUCAUUUUAACAAUAUUGAUGACAAUAAUCAUUGUUUUUUGUUGUUGUGUAAAAUUUCGUGUCCCAAGAACCAAACAAAAUAUUGAAGCCGAUUAUGUUCGCAAAAGAAUUACAAAAAAUUUUAGAAAAGAAUUAACAAAAAUUAGCAAUACUGAUAUUGACAAAAUAGAUCUAAAGAAAGCAUUGGCAAAAGUUCAAGCGGAUAUCGAUACAGAAAUCAACCAGAUUCAUAAGGAACAGACGGAGGAUAAUUGCAACAGUAAGAAAAAACUAGGAAAUUUUCAUGCUAGAUUCCUUACAUUUUCUGGAUUUUACUGAUUUCAUAUUGCUGCGGAAUGGAAAUAUGGACAUCAUACUUAUGCAGCUGUCACAUGAGAUUUGAUUGACCUACGAAAAAAGAGCUAUGAAAUCACGCCUAUCCCAAGUUAUUUUCGUGGUUAAUCGACCAUCGUUGUAUCGUGAAAAAUUUGCACGUGCACACUAUUUAUCUAUCAUUCAAUGACUGUUCAACCGUGAGUGUACGGUCUUUCAUCGAAAAAUAAAUUCACCGCGAAUUGACUUUAACAGUUAUUCAAGGUUUUUGAAGUCGUUUGGACUUAACUUCAACCUUUAAUAACUUUCGAAGGAGUGAAUUUAGCAAAAAUUGUUAAGAGACUUUUUUUGUAGAACAUUUAAUUUAUUUUGAGAAUAUUUAAUGGCUUUUUCUUUGGAAACUGAUUUUUACAUUAAUUACAAAAUUUCAAAGUUAAACAAUCAAAUUGUAAAAUCAUACUAAUAUCCAAGGCAUGAUUAUAAGAAAACGGUUCAUCGGACGAAAAAUUUCAAUCAGACCUUUUUUGUAGAGCAUUCAAUUUCCUACAGGAAAUAUUUCCAAGUCAAUUUCAUUUAUCUUGAUUGUUCAAGAGUUAUGAGACAAAAACCCGCUUAUUAAAAGAAAAUAAGCAAUUGCGAUGAUACACCUCUUAAUAUUAAUGUUAAGGGUUCAAACUUGCACGAUAAUUUUUUUUUGGUCAUCGUGAUUAAUAUUUUCACAGUAUCGUUAAAAAAAAAAAAAUUUUUUUUUGGCCCAGUCUACACUACAACAAAUUGUAGCCUUAAAUUUAACAACAAAUCAACAAUUUUUUUUCUGCCGCUUGGGUACUGACAGAACUAUGAGAAAAAAUUAAAAAAAAAAAAAAAUGUAUUACAUGACAUGUUUUUGGAUCUAGUUUUGAUCGUUUUUGGGACUUUACGCUUUCAAAAUGAAUCAGUAAAAAGUACGGCAAAUUAGUGAAUAUUCACUGCACAAAUGGUCCCUAUUAUAUCAUAAAUUCAAUCAGUGAUAGGGGAGAGGUGCUGCAAUUGUAACAAAAAAUCUUAUUUUUUCUAUUUCAUUUGUUUUUUUUUUAAGAUAGUAAACUUAAAAACUGUCAGAAAAUUAGUUGAUAGUAUCUUUUAUGUGACUGACUUAGUUAAUUAGUAAAAAGUCAAUGUUAACUUAUUAAAAAAUCAAUUUAUUUAACUAAAGUCAGGAACCAAGAUGAUGGCACGCAUGUGUUGCAAUUGUAACACAGUGCAAAGGCAAUUGUAACACGGAACGAAAUAGAUAUUUUCCAUCAAAUUGCUUUUAUUAUUCAGUCUUAUGGACGUUCAUCCAUGAGACUUGAUAGAAGAUAAAAAUUUUUAUUUUUUAGUUUUGAUAAGUUUAAGUAUAUACUAAUUUUUCCUGAAAAUUCGGAAGCUCGUUAUAGAUCAUUUUAAAAAGUAAUUAACGAUUGAAAAUUAAAUUUUUAACAUACAGUCUUAUGGCAGAUCAGAUUAUUUUUUUGUUUUAAAUUUCAUGCUUAUAUUAUUUAUGUAGAUACCAUAAUAAAUAUUGUUUUAAAAUAUUCUUUGAAAUAUAUAGUUAAGAG